AUGGACUAUGAGGGGGAAACAGGCCAUUUGCCAGCAAGGCUGUUGAAUGCAUAUGCAGAAGUUAUGCAAACAGAGCAUGAUUGGAAUGAUGGCCUCCCCUUCACCACACCCCCUUCCCCUCCCCAACCUCCUUCCCCAUUUCCCUGUUCCAGCUCCCCCACCUCCUGCCAUAACAAUGAAGGCCAGCUAGAAGACGCAAGGGCCUCUAGCCUCCAGAGGGGCCAGCCAGAAGACGCAAGGGCCUCUAAGCGCCAAAGGGUUCAGCCAAGUCAGCCCGAAGAACCAAGGGCAAAACUGCAAGUGGUUAAAAAUAAAGAUAGAGUAUUUAAGCGAUCCAAGAGGCCUUCCACUGCUGUUAUUCCAGAAUACACAGUAUACAGACCAAAUGCUGCAGAAUGUGUAAAACAAAGCUGCCCCAACCCAGUGGAUGUUUUCUUACUGAUGUAUCCACCCACCUUGAGAGAGAUCACAGUUGAAAUGUCCAACCUCUACUCCACCCAGACCAAGGGAAAGCAACUGAAUCUAAGUAUGGAUGAGCUCCUCACCUUCUAUGGCAUCCUAAUUGCAAGUGGAUACAGCUCUGUCCCAAGAAGACACAUGUACUGGUCAGUUGACAAUGAUGUACACAAUGAGAGCAUUUCAGGUGCCAUGCGGAGAAACCGCUUUGAUGAUAUAAUGGCCUCAGUUCACUUGGUUGACAACACCAAGAUCACUGAUGACCCAUUUUUUAAGGUUAGACCCAUAUUCUCUGAGCUCAAUCACUCAUACAAAAUCAUGCCAUUUCAGGAAUGGUUGUCAGUGGAUGAGAGCAUGAUCCCAUACUACGGCCGACAUGGAUGUAAACAAUUCAUCAAAGGCAAACCAAUUCGCUUUGGUUACAAGGUAUGGAGCCUCGCCUCAUCCAGUGGAUACAUGUACCACAUGGAGCCAUAUUGUGGAUCGCACACUCUCCUCCCAGAGACAGGGUUGGGUCAGGGACCCAGCGUUAUCAUAGGUUUGGCAGAGCAAGCUCAGGUGCCUCAAGGUUGCAAGUUCUUCCAUGACAGCCUCUUUACCACUCUUUCACUCAUGGAUGAGAUGACAAAAAGAGGAUAUGGGAGCUCUGGGACCAUGAGGCAGAACCGCCUGUUUGAUGUCCCAUUCACACCACAGAAUGCCUUCAUGAAGUUACCCAGGGGAACCUCUGAGGUUCUGUGCCAAGGAGAGAAGCUGCUGGUCCGUUGGAAAGACAAUAACAUUGUCACAGUGGCAACAAACAUGGAUGAAAAAUACACUGAGACCUCUGUCAAGAGAUGGAACAGGCAUCGACGUGCCUUUGACAACAUCCAACAACCAAAAUGCAUCAGCCGAUACAAUGAGCACAUGGGUGGUGUAGACCUUCACGACCUACAGGUUUCACGAUACUAUAUCUCAAUCAGGUCAAAGAAGUGGUGGUGGCCCAUCUUUGCAUGGUCUAUCAACAGUGCUCUUGUAAAUGGCCAUCUCUUUUACAGAGAUGUUAUUGGAGGGACCAUCGACCUGCUCACCUUCUCACGGAUAGUCUCACAGUCUCUUCUGCAAAGGUUUGGAACGAAACCACUGAGCCAUGGAAGGAGAUCUCUACUGAGUGCUACCGUUGAAGAUCAGGCAAGAUACGACAAAGCUUCCCACUGGCCAUUUAACACAAUGCACCGGUUCCAGAGAUGUCGCCAUUGUGAGAAACGCACUACCUAUGCAUGCAUCCCCAGCCCAGAUGGGAUACAUAGUCCUCCAGUGAGUCCUGGGUCUGCCCCAAGGUCUCCUCGCAGUCAGUCUUACCCUGAGCACCUCUACACAGGAGGCACCCAGCAGGCAUCCUCGCCAGCUGCCCUGCUCAGCCCGUAA